CGGGGGAGGGGCGGAGGAGAGGUGUGCGGGGGGUUAAGUAGAAAUAAUGUAAAUAUCGAGCAAAACAAGUGCAACGUACCUGCUCACCGUGUGAAACCGCACACCACUUGGCAUCAACCAACCGUCACAACGACUUCACAGGACAUCACACAAUACACCGCUGCACUGGGGCCCACAAUGCCGCCCACUGAAGGCUGAAGGGUCAAAUUAAAGAUAGAAAAAAUGCUGUCAAGGUUGUUCCGGAUGCAUGGUUUUUUUGUUGCCUCCCAUCCUUGGGAGGUGAUUGUGGGAACAGUUACUAUUACCAUCUGCAUGAUGUCCAUGAAUAUGUUUACUGGAAAUAAUCAGAUAUGUGGCUGGAACUUUGAAUGUCCUAAGGUUGAAGAGGAGGUAUUGAGCAGUGACAUCAUAAUCUUGACCAUCACCCGCUGUUUAGCAAUUUUCUACAUAUAUUUCCAAUUCCAGAACCUCCGACAGCUUGGUUCAAAGUAUAUGCUGGGGAUUGCUGGUCUGUUCACCAUCUUUUCCAGCUUUGUUUUCAGCACCGUAGUCAUUCAUUUUCUGGAUAAAGAACUAACUGGCCUCAAUGAAGCCUUGCCAUUCUUUCUGUUGCUGAUUGAUUUAUCCAAAGCCAGUGCUCUUGCCAAAUUUGCAUUGAGCUCCAACUGCCAGGAUGAAGUAAGAGAAAAUAUUGCACGUGGAAUGGCAAUCUUGGGCCCUACCUUCACUCUUGAUGCUCUUGUGGAAUGUCUUGUGAUAGGUGUUGGAACUAUGUCAGGGGUCCGACAGUUGGAAAUAAUGUGCUGUUUUGGCUGUAUGUCUGUUUUAGCCAACUACUUUGUUUUCAUGACGUUCUUCCCAGCUUGUGUCUCACUGAUAUUGGAGCUCUCCCGGGAAAGUCGUGAGGGUCGACCAAUUUGGCAGCUUGGCCAAUUUGCACGAGUCUUGGAGGAAGAAGAAGACAAUAAGCCAAAUCCUGUGACACAGAGAGUGAAAAUUAUCAUGUCUCUAGGAUUAGUUCUGGUUCAUGCUCAUAGCCGCUGGAUAGCAGAGCCAUCUUCACAGGAUAAUGGUCUAGAAAUGCCUAAAUCUGGAACAGGAUUGGAUGAAAGCAUGCCAAAACGAAUUGAUCCAGAUGUACCCCUGUGGCACUUCUACCUCUCUAGAAUGAUUAGCAUGGAUGUGGAGCAGGUGAUCACUCUCGGCCUCGCACUCUUACUUGCUAUCAAAUACAUCUUCUUCGAACAGACCGAGAAUGAGUCCACUCUCUCACUGAAGAAUCCGAUUACAUCUCCUUUGGUGAUGCAGAAAAAGAGCCCAGAUAAUUGCUGUCGGAAUAAUGUUGAAAUAGCCAGAUUGCAACCAAAAUCUCAAAACAACACAGAACCAGCCAGUAAAGAGGAAACUGAUGCAGUCAUUAAGCCCAUUGAGUCUUUUGUAACUAAAUUGGUCGAUCAUAAAUCAAAAGCGUUGUUUGUGUUGGGUGACAACACUCCUCCUGACUCCCAAUCUUCAGGAACACCAGAAGAAUUAGACAUUGAGUUUCCACUAGACCCACGUCCAGUUGUGGAGUGCUUGUCCAUAUUCAAAAAUCCUGAGAAAGGAGCAAAAUUCCUGACUGAUGAUGAAGUAAUUCGUCUUGUAAAUGCCAAACACAUUCCAGCUUACAAACUUGAGAAUAUGAUGGAAACUCCAGAACGUGGUGUGUUCAUUCGUAGACAGAUGCUGGCUCCAAAACUUCCCGAUCCCUUUGCACUGCAGUGUCUUCCCUAUGGGGAUUAUGAUUACUCACUCGUUAUGGGAACGUGCUGUGAAAACAUCAUUGGCUACAUGCCUAUUCCUGUGGGAGUUGCUGGACCACUUCAUCUUAAUGGGAAGGAGUUUCAGGUCCCCAUGGCAACCACUGAAGGCUGUCUUGUGGCAAGCACCAACCGAGGUUGCAGAGCCAUAUGUCUUGGUGGUGGAGCACAGAGUCGAAUCCUGGCAGAUGGAAUGACAAGAGGACCUGUGGUGAGGUUACCCACUGCAUGUCAAGCUGCAGAGGUGAAGGCCUGGCUGGAGAGUGCUGAAGGCUUCCAGAUUAUGAAGGAGAGGUUUGAUAGCACUAGCAGAUUUGCCCGGCUACAGAAGCUGCAGAUUGGACUUGCUGGACGUAACCUUUAUAUCCGAUUUCAGUCCAGGUCUGGAGAUGCCAUGGGCAUGAAUAUGAUUUCAAAAGGCACAGAGAAUGCUCUCAUCAGGUUAGUGGAGGAGUUUCCAUUAGUCCAUGUCCUUGCGGUUAGUGGCAACUAUUGCACUGACAAGAAAUCUGCUGCUAUUAAUUGGAUUGAGGGAAGGGGAAAGUCUGUUGUAUGUGAAGGAAUCAUUCCAGCUAAAGUUGUGCGAGAGAUCUUAAAAACUUCUACCGCGUCUCUUGUAGACGUGAACGUCAGCAAAAACUUGGUGGGCUCAGCUAUGGCUGGAAGCCUUGGUGGCUACAACGCACAUGCUGCUAAUAUUGUUACUGCUGUCUACAUUGCGUGUGGGCAGGAUCCAGCUCAGAACGUUAGUAGUUCAAACUGUAUCACCUUAAUGGAAUCAACUGGCAUUACUAAUGAGGAUUUGUAUAUCAGUUGUACUAUGCCAUCCAUAGAGAUUGGUACUGUUGGCGGAGGUACUAACUUACUACCACAGCAAGCCUGUCUCAAGAUGCUUGGUGUUCAGGGGGCAAGUAAAUCAAAUCCUGGUGAAAAUGCAUGUCAAUUGGCAGAGAUUGUUUGUGCCACAGUAAUGGCAGGAGAACUGUCUCUCAUGGCAGCACUAGCAGCCGGCCAUCUUGUGAAGAGUCACAUGACUCAUAACAGGUCAAAAAUCAAUCUGCAGGAGCUCCCGGGUACCUGUACCAAGAAGGCAGCUUGAUAGCUGUUGGAUGUGGCAAUUCAUGAAGGGUUUCACUGUAAAGACUGGAAAUCACCAUUGUAGAGAAAUGUUUGGAUCUUUCCUGUGAAUUAAAAAGGAACAUUUUGGUGGUGUUCAUCGUUAGUUUUUUGGGAGAGGACAAUAGUCGCUGCUUGGUUCAGCCGGGGUACCUGUGACAAUAAAGAUUGCAUGUAACUGCACAAAGAUUACUGCCUAAGCGAGGAUAGCAAUAUCUAAUCGUAUUGUUAAAUGAAUGCAGUAAAAUAUGGGACUGUCGGUAACUAUUUUUUUAAUGAAAACUCCACAAACUAUUUUGUUGCCGAAAGAGGAUUUAUUGCUAUCCCUGCUUUAUACUCAAGGCCUUGGCAGAGGGAUUUCUAAUGCUUUAAUUGCAGUAAAUAAGUUUCCACUGAACUUGGAAGUUGUAUUUGUUUUGUAAAAAAAAGUUGGGCUUGAAAACUUGAUUAACCAUUCUCUUUGACAACAGAAUUGUUUUUAGGGGGGAUAUUGACCUGAUCCAAUGAACAGCACAACCCAUCUGCCUGCAGCUACUUUCGUUGUCUUCUGUGUUAUGUAAUAGUUAACAUUACAUUGUCUUGAUGAAAUUUGCUGCAAUGUUCUUACAAAUAAGACAAAAGCAAAAUAUUAAAAGUGCACAGUACCAUAUUCACUACAUAAGGUUUAAUUCUUCAGAGUGGCUAAGUCAAGUGGCAGAUGCAUGUCGGAAUAUACAUAUUUCUUACCUCUUUCUCUUUGCCUCUUCCCUUUCUCCUCUACUCCUACCCCCAUCCUUCCCGUCUAUUUGUUCAGAAGUUACUGAUUGCUUUUGUUGAAUCAAGUUGCAGUUUUCAAACAUGGUCGGUGUGAAAGAUAACAAUUCUUUGAAUGUGAACAGGCUGAACUAGACACUUUUUCUCAGUAUGAUACAGCUGUAUCUUGCAAGUUCUGACUUAUCUUUAUAAAACUAGUAUUUGUUCACUAGCUCCUGGCCAAAGCCGGGGGGUGGGGUGUGGUUGUGGAGUUGGAAUGCAGAACUAUAUUGGAAAAAAUGAUUCUCACAAUAACUGAUUUAGAUGUGCUUAAUGAUUCCCAGCCUCUGUAGUGCACAGUAACAGUGGUGCCAAGUGCUUUAACUAAGCACGCUGCUUAAUGCUGUUGUGUCCUCUUCAGAUUUUUCAAUGUGACAUUACUGAAUGUUCCCCUCAUCCUCUAUAAACAUUGUACAUUCAUCCAUAAUUGAGUAUUCAUUUUUUGAACUCCACUGCCUUUCUUUAAUUCUAAUGGUACUACUGUAUGAAGCACUCCAUCUAAAGCAGACACCCCAGGACAUUGUCUGAGAUCACUUGUGUAUAGACUUAAUUCAAAUUUAAGUGCUAAGAGAAAACUUUACUUUGAAUUUGGACCUUAUGAAUCUAUUGUUAUAGGACUUGCUAUUGUAGUGUUUAAUACAUCUUUUACAAAUCAGAAUACAGUAGAACCCCCUUUGAUAAACAAAAUCAUAAUUUAGUUGCUCAUACUGUAUUUGCUUUGAGGUCCAAUUUUCUUUAAAUCAAAAAAAGUGCAUUCUGUGGGAAAGGGAAGUACCUUUGUCCACCUUACAAUGGUGAGAUUGACACUCCUAUUCCUAAGGAGAUCUGUUUCCUGACCACCCUCUUUGGCAAUCUGCCUAGAACUGGGGCCGUAGAACUAUGGCCCAGUGAGGAAUUAAUGCUGUUGUAUUUUUCCUUCCAGUGCAGCAUGCUUCAGAUCAGGAAGUUGGGUCAUCUUGGUCAAUUCUUUCCACAAUGUCUGCUCAGCUUCAAUUGCUACAUAUUAACAUGCUUAUUUUUUUCUUUGCUCCCGAAGGCAGUCAAGCACAAACCAUUUCAAUGUAAACCUUUUGAAUAUUUUAACUUAAAAUUCCUAAAAUUAUUUGAGUAAUUUUGAAAGCUGUUAAGCAAUUUAGUUCUAAUUCCAAAAGUAUGACCAGGAAACACAGCUCUCAUCAGAUUGACACUCAGAUUUGCUUGUUAUACUAUAGUUGCAAUGUGUUCAGUUUUCAGUAAUGCUUUUACCUGGAAUACUGUGCAGUGAACUGUUCCAGUCUGAAGUACUUUAUAACAGUUGAUCAUUUCCAACUCCAGUAACUCUUUAACUGGAGCGCUUUAUAAAUGACAGUCAAUUUCAUGUACAACAUGUAAGCUGCUCACAAACCCUAGUCAGUCAAAUCAAUAAGGAUUAAUGCUGGUCUUGGAAGCAAGAUUCCAGUUGUAGGAACAAGCUCAAAACAGCUGCAUUUUUAAUGUGGAACAGCAAAAAAGUACUCUUGGAUGAAUACCCAUUUUAUUUACUGUAAUUUGAAUAUCUGUUGUGUUGAACUGUUAUGUGGCUUCAGUGAGCUAAAGUUUGCAUUGCCACCUAUUGGGAAUACUAAAUAUUAAGAUUCCUGAUGGAAAAUGUUUAUAUUUUAAAACUAAGUAUAUUAAAUUACUCUGAUGGGUUGUAUUUCAAUCCUAGACAACACUGGUUUUAAGCUAAUGAAAAGCUGAUUGGAAGCAAACCCAGUCUUGAAGCAAAUGCUGAUUUAUAAUGUCAUCUGUACAUUUUUGUAAAUAGUUGGUGUUUUCCCAUUUUCAAUAAAUCAUAUGAAAAGUUA